CAAGACUGGGUCCCAUAAUCCCUUCCCUUCCUUCCCGGGACGGGUAAGUAUCUGCUCUGCUCUUUGUCCCGGGUACGUAGUUAGAUAUUAUGGACAACGUGUUUCAGAUAGCGUAGGUAGGGAUGUGUGGUUGGGUUUUGUUGGAUAAUCCGAUGAUCAUUGUUGGGAUGUAUCAGAUAACGUACGCGGCUUUAUUAAAUUUUACUUUCUUGCCAUGUGUCAUGUGUAUUGUGAUGGUUAGGUUUUGGAAGCAUAGGUUUUUGACUUCUUCGAUGGAUGUUCGGUUCGGCGUGGUGGUGUGCUUGCUGUGCGGUGUGUAGAGGGGGGAAUUAAGUUUUCUGCACUACUACAUACUACUC